CUGAAGAUAUUAGUGAAUGCUUAUAUAAAAUUCAUGAUGAUAGUGUUAGACUAAGAUAUUUUCUUGACGCAGACAAUGUGGAUGAAAUAGAAGCAAUACUCUCAGAUCGUGAAGGGCAUUCCCUACACGAGAUUAUUAAUAGCUAA